AUGGCGCCAAAACGCACAAUGAUGGCGUCAAACCAGCAGCUGAUCGACCUAGCUAAACUUCGACCACACUUGACACCGGAAUUCAAACUAGUCGGCCAACAAGUCGUCAAACCAGUCGAGCGAUUCCAGCAAAACUCGAUAAAACGCUGUCCAUUCAGUACAGCUUCGGCUUUCGUGAGUGGUGUAUGUGCGAACGAGGAUUUUAAAACAUAA